GCUGUGCUUCAGUCCGAUCCUGCUGACUACAUCGAUGGAUAUUAAGAGGCGCGACAUUCAGAAGUACUCCGAGUGGCGGCAACUGUGGUACCCCAAUUUCGAGGACUAUUCCAGGGCGGAAGCGAUGGCCGGCGCAGAGAACAACACGGUGACCAACGUGACAGUCCAGUUGGGCGCCACUGCCUAUCUCCAUUGCCACGUGAGGAGCGCAGGUGAUAGGGCGCUGGCCGGAGCAGAGCAAGUAUCCUGGGUCAGGAGACGUGACUGGCACAUCCUAUCCUCAGGGGUCUUCACGUACACGAACGACGAACGGUUCCAGAUUCUACACGCAGAGGGCUCUGACGACUGGACGCUGCAGAUCAAGUACGUCCAGAAAAGAGACAAUGGAACUUACGAAUGUCAAGUGUCGAGUAACCAAGGGCUGCUAUCCCACUUCGUCAAUCUUCAAAUCGUGGUACCCGAGGCGACCAUCCAAGGGACUAGAUCGGGAGAACACCAUGUAGAUAUCGGCAGUAUCAUCGACCUCGUUUGCAUAAUUGAAAAGAGCCCGACGCCUCCCCAGUACGUGUUCUGGUACCACAACGACCACAUGAUCAACUACGACACGGCGCGGGGCGGCAUCACCGUGGAGACGGUGCCCGGACCGCGGACCCAGAGCCGCCUCACCAUCCGGGACACGAACGACGCCGACUCGGGGAACUACACCUGCUCGGCGUCCAACACGGAGCCCGCUUCCAUCUACGUCUUCGUCUCGGAAGGGGACAACGUAGACGCAAUUCUAAUGAGGAAGUCCUGCGCCAUGUGCGUCGCCAGCCAACUGGUGCUGCUCCUGGUGGCCACAUUCGCAGCAGCGAUGCGAUAGGAGCCUCCAGGGUAAUCCCCGAGGACACAAUUAUGAAACUAAACAUAUGUGACUGUGCAUAAUUUUAAAGUGAUAUAAACUAAUGUAAUUUGUAUACAGUUAUGGUCAUAUUGUAAGCCCCUGAGAAAUUCAUCAUAGGAGAACAACCGUCGAGCGUCCAUUUUAAAUGACCCUUAUUUUUUUCAUAAGUACCCUCGUUUUCCUAGACAAAUAGGGCAAUAAAUAUAUUUACUGAGUUUCUCGUACGACCGAUAUAUUUUUCGUUGGAAAAAUGGAAAGGUGUUUGCCAGAAAUACCCACUUUGAGGCUAUUUUACUGUAUUAUAAUAAAUAAUCAAAAUAACUAUCAAAUCGUUACGUACCUGUCUGUCUGUAUGUCGAAGGGUGGUGGAAUUGUUUUGCCACCGCGGCACUUAGGCCUUAUUAGGCCCC